CGGGGUCUAGUUUCCUAGGCGACCUGUUCCUGGCGGUCGCCUGGUAACGGGUCGCUGCGGCGGUGCUAGUGGCUUCAAUUUAGGCGGCUUAGGCCGCGGAGGUCACAGGGCCCGGACCCUUAGAUCCCGGCUCUAUCUGUCUAUGCGGCAAUGGCUGCCGCUGCAGCCGUGGUCACCCCGUCUGGCUUGCAGGAUCGGGUGGCUCGGUCUCGUGGCGAAGGGGCCGGGGAGGCGGUGGUGGAGCGUGGGCCGGGCGCGGCCUACCACAUGUUCGUGGUGAUGGAGUACUUGGUGGAGAAGCUGAAGCUGCUCCACUACGAGGAGGGCCUCCUCCGGAAAAGCAACCUGAAGCCCCCGUCCAGACACUAUUUUGCUCUCCCUACCAACCCUGGUGAACAGUUCUACAUGUUUUGCACUCUUGCUGCUUGGCUGAUUAACAAAGCAGGACAUCCCUUUGAGCAGCCUCAAGAGUAUGAUGAUCCUAAUGCAACAAUAUCGAACAUUUUAUCUGAACUUCGGUCAUUUGGGAGAACUGCAGAUUUUCCCCCUUCAAAAUUAAAGUCAGGUUAUGGAGAGCAUGUAUGCUAUAUUCUUGAUUGUUUAGCUGAAGAAGCAUUAAAAUAUAUUGGUUUCACAUGGAAAAGGCCAUCAUACCCAGUGGAAGAAGUAGAAGAAGAAGCUGUUCCAGAAGAUGAUGCAGAAUUAACAUUAAAUAAAGUGGAUGAAGAAUUCGUGGAAGAGGAGACGGAUAAUGAAGAAAACUUUAUUGAUCUGAACAUUUUAAAGGCCCAGACCUAUCACUUGGACAUGAGCGAGUCUGCCAAACAAGAAGAUAUUUUGGAAUCUACGACAGAUGCUGCAGAAUGGAGUCUAGAAGUUGAACGUGUACUACCACAGCUGAAAGUCACGAUUAGGACUGACAAUAAGGACUGGAGAAUCCAUGUUGACCAAAUGCACCAGCACAAAAGUGGAAUUGAAUCUGCUCUAACAGAGACCAAGGGAUAUUUGGACAAACUCCAUAGUGAAAUUAGUAGAACUUUGGAGAAGAUUGGCAGCCGAGAAAAGUACAUCAACAAUCAGCUUGAGCACUUGGUUCAGGAGCACCGUGCAGCACAAGCCCAGCUGAGUGAGGCAAGAGAACGAUACCAGCAGGGAAGUGGUGGAGUCACGGAAAGGACCAGACUCCUGGCUGAGGUUACAGAAGAAUUAGAAAAGGUAAAACAAGAAAUGGAAGAAAAAGGCAGUAGCAUGACUGAUGGUGCACCUUUGGUGAAGAUUAAACAGAGCUUAACAAAACUAAAGCAAGAAACCAUUCAGAUGGACAUUAGGAUCGGUGUUGUAGAACACACGUUGCUCCAAUCAAAACUGAAGGAGAAGUCCAACAUGACUAGGGACAUGCAUGCAACAAUUAUUCCAGAAUCAACAAUAGGUUCUUAUUAAAAACAUACUGUUUUCUCAUGCUUCUGAUUAGUUGAUUUUUUUAUCAAAUUAU